UAAUCCAACCAUCUCCAUUCAUCACUCCCCUUUACACCAAAACUACAACAAUAUCUCUUUCAUCAACUUUCCUUCUCCAACAACAACAAAACCAUGGCUUCUCCAACCCUAAUAACCCCAUCCACCUCCACCCAAAAACCCCUUACCCCUAUCCGAUCAAAACUCUCCUCUACCACCACCGCCGCCAAUGCCGCAACCGUCUCAGCCUCUGUCUCAUCCACCCGCCGCCGUGAAUUCCUCUCUCUGGCUGCCGGAAUCCUCGCUCCGGCAUUGCUUCUACCUGCCACGUCAGCAUUCGCUGCUUCCGACGAGGAGUACGUGAGGGAAGCUUCGGAAGUGAUUAAGAAAGUGAGGUCGACGCUCUCUAUGGAGAAAAGUGAUCCGAACUUAGCUGAUUCUGUUACUGAGUUGAGAGAGGCUUCUAAUUAUUGGGUUGCUAAGUACAGAAGAGAGAAGGCUUUAUUGGGCCGGGCCUCAUUCCGUGACAUUUACUCAGCCCUGAAUGCUGUUUCGGGCCAUUAUGUUAGCUUUGGGCCGACCACACCCAUUCCGGCUAAGAGAAAGCAGAGAAUCUUGGAAGAGAUGGACACUGCUGAGAAGGCAUUACAGAAGGGAAGAUGAAAGAGAAGCUACUUUUGUAGAUGUUUGGUGAUUUUUUUGGGUAUAAUUCUGAAAUUUCUAUAUUUAAAUUUCUGACUAUGAAAUUGAAAGUAUAAAGAUGAGGAUUCACUAUUUGCUUGCAAGUUAUGUUGCUUGUUACUAUAAAACUAAGUAAAAGGUUAGUCGUAAUUUAGAUAAACUCUUCUUAUU